GCUAAAAGCUCUAAUUCCAUCAAUUCCUUUAUAUCUACAAAUCUAAAAAGACAAAUCGUCCAUUUAUUCACAGAAUAUACUUCACCGACAAAACCCUAAACACAAACUUCUUGUAAACUUUAUCGUCAACAACGUCUAAACCCUAAUUAAUACCAGCAAGCUUCUCCAAUGUCGUCGAAGCGAUCUCGUGUAGUUAGAUCAUCGAGUCAAGGAGAGAUUGGGCUAUUCAAUCAACUUCAACCUAUUGAGUCUCCAGUGGCUUUAUUUCAAAGGAAGAACCCCGCCCCAAUCACUACUACGUCGUCGGCUUCAAAACCAGUUAAAGAAUCUCAACCGACUCAUCGCCAAUGUAUAUUCUCGUUGGAUACGCCAGAAAACCAGAAGAAUGAACUAACAUUGUACGCGAACAAGGAAUAUGGUAAAGGGUUUGGAGAGUUUCUUAAGGCUUGUUCCUUGUGCAAGAAGAAACUCGAUGGUGGCCAGAGUCUUUACAUGUACGGUUACCUAGGUGCUUUUUGCUCAAGGGAAUGCCGGGAAGAUCGGAUGGCUUUGGAUGGGUUUGAUAAAGAAGUGGCUGAAGAAUUAUCAAAAAGAGCAGCCAAGUAUGCGCCAAGGCUGGGUUUUAAGCUUAAUUGACUCAAAGUUCAUUUGUUAGUUGCAGAAGUGCAUAGCUGAUAGCUCUAAUGUUUUCCAUUCAGGUUGCACUUUAAUCAGUAUGUAAAAAAUAGUAAAUUUUUCCUAGCUCACAUGUCAAUGAUCUUGUAAAUUUCCACUUUCUGAUCAUUUUUAUGUUUUGGUCUCUUUUAAAAAAUAGUACUCAAUUUCAAUGUUUUUCAGAUAAA